CACCAUUCCCUCAACGAAACCCACUACUCCAAAACCCUAACAAAAUCCACUCAGCAGCAGCCAUGGCGAUCCUCUCCGACAUCGAAGAAACCCAGUCCAACCAAACCCAGAAUUCUCCACCUCCAACCAAUCCCCCGCCGGCGGCGGCGAAGGAGAAGAAGGAGGACAACAACACCACUUCUCUGCUUCCAAAUUCCGGCAAUGGGCUCGACCUGGAGAGCUAUUCGUGGGGACAGAGCCUCGAGGAGGUGACGAUCACCGUUCCAGUCCCUGCCGGAACCAAAUCUAGGCAGAUUGUGUGCGAGAUCAAGAAGAAGUCUCUGAAGCUAGGGCUCAAGGGCGAGCCGGCGAUGAUCAUCGACGGCGAGCUGUUCGGACCGGUGAAAGUGAGCGAUUCUUUCUGGCAAUUGGAGGAUCAGAAGACCGUCUCUGUUCUGCUGACGAAAUUCGAGGAGAAGAACAAGAGCUGGUGGAAGUCGCUGGUGAAGGGAGGGCCGGAGAUUGAUACCCAGAAGGUGCAGCCGGAGAACAGCAAGCUGAGUGAUUUGGAUCCGGAGCUUAGGUCGACGGUGGAGAAGAUGAUGUUCGACCAGAGGCAGAAGCAGAUGGGUUUACCCACCAGCGACCAGAUUCAGCAGCAGGACCUCUUGAAGAACUUUGAUUUCUCCAAGAUGAAGCAGGUCGACAAGUUCAGCAAUAUGCCUUGAGAGAUAGAUAGCCAUUGUUAUUUGUUGCGCAGUUACUACCUUAGUUUUCCCCUUUUGAUGUUUUCAACUAUUCUGUGUUUUUGUCUUUAACUUUCAGUUGAAUUUAACAAAAAAGAUGCAAACUU